AUGCACCACGAAGUACCUGUCUACGUCCGGGACUUCCCUGGUGGCCUCGACCAGGCGCAGUCAUGGUCGAUGCGAACGGACGAUCUCAAGGAAGAUCCGGUUUGUUCGAACUGGAGGCUCAUCUCUGCACUUCAAAGGUUCCUCAAUCCGUGGGUAGACUCCCCCCAGGGACUUAACACACUGUUGAACGGUGGUCGUCUGAUGGACGAGGGCAAUAAGGAACGGGACAAAGCGCUCUCGGAGCAGUUAUCAACAGGAACUUCCGCUGACAACGAUCACAAAAAGCACAACCAGACCCUGGCUGGGAAUACAAAGCUGGGAGAGGAUAGUGUUAGUCCUCGUAAGCGUCACACCGGGCUGCUUAAAGCUAGCAAAGGAGCAGAGAGCAUCCCCACGCCACCACAAACACCAGAAGCCGACAUCCCGGAGCCGCUCGCGAAGACUCAGAUCAUUUCAACUGCAUCGGCAAAGCUUUCGUACCUUGUUGAUUCGAUUAUCAAAUAUCAAGAUGAUGAGCAGAUUCUUGUCUUCUAUGAAAACGAGAACGUGGCGUGGUACUUGGCUGGAUUACUGGAAGUGCUUGACAUCAAGCAUCUCAUUUACGCCAAGGGCAUUACUGUCGAGCGAAGGGCACAGGUCCUUCUCAUGGAUAUUUCUCAAGCUGCUUUUGGUCUCGACAUGCGGUCAGCCUCCCGUAUCUACUUCAUCAACCCAGUACUCAACCCACAAGUCGAAGCCCAGGCUAUCGGGCGAGUGCGGCGGAUCAGUCAGAAGAAAGAAGUAUUCGUCGAGACUUUGGUCCUUCGUGGCAGUCUAGAAGAGGUCAUCAUGGAGCGAAAGCAAAAGAUGACUCAAGCCGAGCAUCGAAAGUGCAAGUCUAUCCUCGAUGACCGGCCAAUUUUCAACUGGAUCCUCAAUGUGAAGAUCAUUCCUCUCCCCGAUAUUGAUAACACGGACGGACCUGCUCAGAUGGCACCACUGAAGACGCCGCAAUAUGUUUUCGGCCGUGGAUUUGGUCGCGAGACCUCUCAUCCUGACGAAGAUCUCGUUCCGAAAGAGGCCGAUUCCUUGGUCAGCAGUGCCACAGCGUCGCCGACACCGAAUCUUGUGAAGAGGAAGUUUGCGUUGAGCUUUGGACAACGGCAGUCUUCAUCUGGGUUGUCGACCCCUGAUAGCAUGGAACCUCCGCCUCGGCGAGUGCGAUUUGCAGCCAGCGAGGACGACGAUGUAUCUCCAUCACCAGCAUUGCUGGCAGAACCUCGUGUUGUUCGAUUUGCUGAUGAGCCAGUGGAUGACUAA